AUGCCCGUAAAACUCAAUGAACUGAAGCAAGGGCCAAGAUUCCUCCACAGCGAUGUAGUGAAAUUGAUCCUUAUUGCUGCUAAAGAUGGUUCUUCCGAAAAAUCUUGGAUUGAGGGCAUCUUUUAUAAAAGAGAAUGUGCGAAAUUCAUACCAGCUUCAAGGGACCCUCAUAGAUGUCAUAGAGGCUGCCAGGUUUGUCACAACCUAAUCAGAUGUUGCUGUGGAAGAUUGAUUGGCGAACACCCUGGUUUAGAUUAUGGCUGGCCAAUUUACCUUUCUCCCCAGGAGAGAGAUAAAGAGGAAUGGACAGCCCACAAACAUACAAAAACAAGUCCCACCGAUGCUUUUGGCACCAUCAAUUUUCAAGAUGGCAACCAUACUUACCACGCAAAGUACAUACGGAUAUCCUAUGAUACCAUGAUGGAUCAGUUGAUGCAGCUGAUGAUAAAGGAAUGGCAGAUGGAGCUUCCUAAACUUGUUAUCUCAGUUCAUGGAGGCAUCCAAAAUUUUAAACUUCCUUCCAAAGUGAAGAAGGUCUUUAGCCAAGGCUUGGUGAAAGCUGCAGAGACCACUGGGGCUUGGAUACUGACAGAGGGAAUCAACACUGGAGUCUCAAAACACGUUGGAAAUGCCCUGAAAGGUCAUGCCUCCCAGCACUUAAGAAAGAUUUGUGCAAUCGGCAUUCCACCAUGGGGAGUGAUUGAAAACCAAAAGGAUUUAGUCGGGAAAGAUGUUGUUUGUCUUUACCAGACACUGAGUAACCCACUCAGCAAGCUGGCAAGUCUGAAUAGCAUGCACUCCCAUUUUAUCAUGGUGGAUGAUGGCACAGUGGGAAAGUAUGGGAAUGAAAUGAAACUGAGGAGGAACCUGGAACAGUACAUAUCCCUUCAGAAAAUACACACCAGAAUGGGCCAAGGAGUCCCAGUAGUUGGCCUUGUUGUAGAAGGAGGUCCAAAUGUCAUCCUGAUGGUCUGGGAAUAUGUCAAAAGCACACCACCUGUUCCAGUUGUGGUUUGUGAGGGGACAGGGCGAGCGGCUGACAUUUUGGCAUUCACACACAAGCACACAGCAGACAAAGGGGAGAUCCGCCCACAACUCAAGGAAGAAAUCUUGCAGAUGAUUCAGAAAACCUUUAAUCUUGGCCACAAACAAUCUAAUCAUGUCUUUCAUAUACUGAUGGAAUGUAUGGAGCAUCGUGAAUCUAUCACCAUAUUUGAUGCAGAGUCUGAAGAUCAACAAGAUAUUGAUUUGGCGAUCUUAACCGCUCUGCUUAAAGGAACUAAUAUGUCUGCACCAGAUCAGCUGAGUUUGGCACUUACCUGGAAUCGUGUGGAUAUUGCAAAAAAGCACAUACUUGUAUAUGGACAGCACUGGAAGGUUGGCUCUUUGGAACAAGCAAUGCAAGAUGCAUUGAUAAUGGAUCGUGUGGAUUUUGUGAAGCUGCUAAUUGAAUAUGGAGUAAACAUGCACAAAUUCUUGACCAUUAGCCGUCUAGAAGAACUUUACAACACUAAACAAGGGCCUACUAAUUUGCUCCUACACCAUCUUGUUGGAGAUGUGAAACAGAGCAAUCUUUCUCCAGAUUACAAAAUGUCACUAAUUGAUGUGGGGAUCGUGAUUGAGUAUUUAAUUGGAGGAGCCUAUCGGAGCAGCUACACAAGGAAAAGCUUCCGAGUCUUAUACAACAGCCUUUACAGAAAGCACAAGAGAGCAGCCCACUCUUCCUCAAACAGCCUGGCUCGGAAUCUGUCUCAUCUUUCUGGAAACCAGAACAGUCAAAUGAGCAGCAAGAACCCAUCUCCCGAGAAUACCUUACAUUCCCAGUUCUUACGAACUGCGCAGCCUUAUAAACGAAAGGAAAAGACUGCAGCCAAUCCGAAAUCAAAGAAAAAACCCAAGGAUGAAAUUGUCAUCACUGAAGAUAAUGAUCCUGUUGGCUUUGUAUACCCUUACAACGACCUCUUCGUUUGGGCAGUUUUGAUGAAAAGACAGACGAUGGCCAUGUUUUUCUGGCAGCAUGGAGAAGAGGCCAUGGUAAAAGCAGUAAUUGCUUGUAAACUCUAUCGGGCAAUGGGACAUGAAGCAAAGCAGAGCAACAUGGUGGAUGACACUUCAGAGGAACUCAAGAAAUACUCCAAAGAGUUUGGUCAGCUUGCUUUGGAUCUCCUAGAAAAUGCUUUCAAACUGAAUGAACAAAUGGCCAUGAAGCUCUUAACUUAUCAGCUAAAGAACUGGAGCAACUCAACAUGUCUAAAGCUAGCUGUGUCCUCGGCUCUCCGCUCCUUUAUUUCUCAUACAUGCACUCAGAUGUUACUGACAGACAUGUGGAUGGGGUGUCUCAAGAUGCGAAAAAAUUCCUGGCUCAAGGUUGUCCUGGGAAUUUUGCUACCACCAUUCAUCUUGAUGUUGGAGUUUAAGAGUAAAGCAGAGAUGUCCCAUGUGCCACAGUCUCAGGACUUUCACCAGUUUACCCGGCUGUAUGUGGACCCACCACCCCCAAACACCAAAGUGGAUCAGGCUGCAAGUUUGGAUCCAGAAAAGGGAUCGAAGAAGCUAGGUGAAGAGAAAAACUUCCCCAACUUCCCCAACGACCAAGGAAAUCUUUCAAUCACCAGAAAAGUUUGUGAAUUCUAUAGUGCACCUAUUGUCAAGUUCUGGUUCCAUACAAUGGCAUAUUUGGUGUUCCUCAUGCUUUUCACAUAUGUUGUGUUAGUGAAGAUGGAGCCAAGGCCCAGUAUCCACGAGUGGCUGGUUAUUAUAUACAUGUUUACUACAGCAAUUGAGAAGAUCAGGGAGGUGUUUAUGUCAGAACCAGGGAAAUUCAGUCAAAAGGUCAAGGUCUGGUUAGAUGAAUACUGGAACCUCACUGAUGCUAUAGCUAUCAUUUUGUUUGUGGCUGGCUUUGGCCUGCGCUGGGGUGACCCUCCAUUCAGAACAGCAGGGAGAAUUAUCUAUUGUCUGGACAUUAUAUUUUGGUACACUCGUCUUCUGGAUUUCUUCGCAGUAAACCAACAAGCCGGUCCUUACAUCACCAUGAUUGGAAAGAUGACAUCAAACAUGUUUGGUAUUGUGAUUAUUAUGGCCAUAGUGUUAUUGGCAUUUGGAGUGGCCCGAAAAGCAAUUCUGUCUCCAGAAGAACCUCCAUCCUGGACUCUAGCUCGUGACAUUGUAUUUCAACCAUACUGGAUGAUGUUUGGAGAAGUCUAUGCUUCAGAAAUAGAUGCUUGUGAAGAAGACCCAGAUUGUCCCACUGGUUCAUUCAUCACCCCAUUCCUUCAAGCUGUCUACCUCUUUAUUCAGUACAUCAUCAUGGUGAACCUACUCAUUGCCUUUUUUAACAAUGUAUACAUGGAAAUGAAGUCCAUCUCACACAAACUGUGGAAAUAUAACCGGUACCGGUACAUCAUGACCUACUAUGACAAGCCAUGGUUACCCCCUCCUUUAAUUGUACUGAGCCACAUUUAUCUUCUCUUUGAUCGUCUGUCCCACCACCGAUCUCAGAGUGAAUCUGACCAAGAUGAGGGUGAUGUUGGAUUGAAGCUCUACCUCAGUGAUGAUGAACUACGCAAACUCCACGACUUUGAGGAGAAAUGCGUGGAGACAUAUUUUCAUGAGAAAAAUGAAAAAGCACAUUCCAGUGACAGUGAAAGAAUACGUACCACAACGCAAAGAACUGAAGAGAUGUUUAUGCAACUCAAAGAGUUGAACGAGAAAGUUUUUUGCAUCAAAGACUCCUUAAUUUCAUUAGACAGUCAGCUUGGGCACCUGCAAGACCUGUCUGCCUUGACAGUAGACACACUCAAAGUUAUCGCAGCAGUGGACACUUUGCAAGAGGAAGAAGCCUUUAUCAAAGACCAGCAAAUCAUCUCCAAUAAAAAACUGCCCCAUAGCUGGAGUAACAUCACAUUUUCAGAGAACAACAGAGAGUAUAAUUACUACAGUAUGCCACCUUCACUUCUUAGAACUUUGGCAAUGAAUCAGUGCCAUAGCCCCCCUCUGGAAUCUUGCAUUCGUUUGAAAAAGGACAAGGCAGAAGAAGAAGCAGAGACAGAAAGUGACACUGUUACUUCAGGGGUAUCAUCUGAAAGCAAGUCAGCUCCUCGAUAUGGGAAUUUCCUUCUUGUUCCUUCAAGCCCAGUGGGUUCACCUUGCACUGAGGAGCCUAACUUGAAACUAUCAAGUCCAAAUGCGAUUGCGGGAGAUGAAGCAGAUUUAAUUACAGCAGUGAACACAGAAACCAGUUGUACCAUACAAAUUGACCAAUGUUCUGAGGAGCAGCUGGAGAAAGAGAUAGGCAAUGGUCAUAAGGAAUCUGAUUUAAAACCAGCAUUGACUGAUACACAUGAAAUCCAUAGUGUGAUAGUAAAUGAAUAUACCUCUGAUGAACAGUCAAAUGAUCUAGCCAUUGAAUCAUCACUGUGUUGUAAUACUGAUGAUUCCAAGGAAGGGUAUGUCAACUGGGCAUUUUCAGGAGAAGGGGAAAUUGAUGUGUUUAAAGUCGGAAAGAGCCAGCAACUAUAUAUGCAUCCAAACCAUGACACUGACUGUAAGUGGUCUCACAGCAACCAUAGAAGGGUCAAGAUCAAUGAAUCAAACCUAUCAGAGAAAUGCAGAAAUAGUGAUGACAGCUCUGAAUCUGGCUCAUUUCACCAACCACGCACAUCAUUUUGGAUCAACCCACUUCACAGGAACUGGAACUUCCGGAAAGGAAGUUUUAAAUGCCGUAAAGAUAAGAAAGAUGGAAAGACGAUUAAAGAAUUUGCAAAACCUGAGAUAUACCAAAUUACCUGGGCCAAAGAAAAAAUAUAUAACACCUUUCGAAAGUCGUCAAAUCAGAAAGAAAAACAACUUCAAGUGCCUGUGAUUACCGUCGAUGGCUGUUCUCAGAGCACCCAGAUGAGCUCGGAACCCGCAGAACGUAGCAGCUGCAGAUAUGAGGAAGAGGAACCCACCAAGAACAGGCUGACUGUAUCUAGUUUCAAUCAGCUAAGCCUAGAGCACAUGAACUAUGUUCGACAGCAACUGAAAUCCCAAGAAAUUGAAAGACAUCUAGUGCAAACUAGUGAAUAUCUGAGGCAAUCCAGAGAGGAUCUGCACAAUAGCACAGUUCAGCUGAGAAGGAGCUCAUUAUUCAGAGGUUCAGAUACAGUGAAGAAAAUGUCAGCUUCCUUAAAGGCCUCACAAGAUUUAAACAACCAUUAUUCAGCUGUCGAAAGGAAUAAUUUAAUGAGGCUUGCGCAGACCAUACCUUUUACACCUGUGCAUCUAUUUGCUGGGGAGGAAGUUACAGUCUAUCGGCUGGAAGAAAGUUCCCCUGCAAACCUAGAUAAAAGUAUGUCCUCGUGGUCGCAAAGAGGAAUGGCUGCAAUGCUUCAGGUUCUGUCUCCAGAAGAAAUGGACGGUGGUCUCCGCAGAGCGCUGAAAGUAGUCUGUACAUGGUCAGAACAUGAUGUUCUAGGCUCUGGAGAGGUUUUCAUUGUUAAGUCCUUUCUUCCUGAAGUGGUGCAAACUUGGCAGAAGGUUUUUCGUGGGGAUACAGUGCAAAAUCUUUGCCUUAGGGAAAUCCAGCAGCAGCGAGCAGCUCAGAAACUGAUAUACACCUUCAAUCAAAUGAAGCCUCAUAGUAUUCCCUACACCUUAAAGUUUCUGGAAGUUUUCCUCAUCUAUUGUCAUUCGGCAAACCAGUGGCUCACUAUAGAAAAGUACAUGAAUGGAGAAUUUCGCAAGUAUAACAACAACAAUGGUGAUGAAAUCACCCCAACCAACUUACUGGAGGAGGCACUGCUGUCUUUUUCCCAUUGGACCUACGAGUACACAAGGGGAGAGCUUCUUGUUCUUGACCUGCAAGGUGUUGGAGAAAAUCUUACAGAUCCAUCUGUUAUUAAACCGGAAGACAAGCAAUCACGGGGCAUGGUUUUUGGGCCAGCCAACUUAGGCGAAGAUGCACUUACAAACUUUGUUUCAAAACACCAGUGCAAUUCCUGCUGUAGGAAACUCAAACUUCCCGAUUUGAAAAGAAACGACUACUCACCUGGGAGGAUCAAUCUCGGUUUUGAAAUUGGAGAAGCAGAUACAGAUGAAGACCUUUCGGAACAUAAUACAAGAUUAUAGUGCAAAAUUUCAGCUAAAAUACAAAAAUAAGUGUUACACCCAGUGCAACAGCAGGAUAUAUGGUCCAUAUUUUACCGCACUAGCCUCGUGAAUGGCAACAAGAAAGUGGCAUCAUUAGUAGAACGCCACACAAAGGAGAUACAUUUUCUUACCUGUGAUUAUUGUUUCAUCUUGCUAUUCUCUGUUUAGGUUCAUGCAUUAUUUGCAUUAGGAAAAAUCCAUAGAUCUUAUUAUACUAGGGAAAAACACUCUUAUUUUAAUUUGUUUUAGGUAAAAGUUUGGG